UUGUCAAACCUUUGUUACUUAUACCACUGUUCUGACCAGGUUCCCAGUUAUCUUGCCAGGACAAAAGCCAUCUGCCAGUUGAAGUCAUGAAAGACUAAAAGGAAUUUAGCACUUCAAGGAAUAAACCGUGACAGAUCCGUGCAAGUUGCCAGCUUUAUGAAUCUAACUUGCAUAGUGGAGACCAUCCUCUACUAUAUUUUGCAUAAAGACAGACUUCAUAUUUUAAAAAAGGAGGAAAGACAUAGUAAGAAGUCCUGUCAGAUACAUAGAAUCUGCAAGCUGCAUUCCGAUUAUGGGAGAUCUUCAAAAAGUUCUUGAAAAAGGAGAGUAUAUAUCCUUGAAAUCUGCUCCUGUGUUUGAGAGCAAAUUUGUUCAGGUCACUAGAAGAGGUGAAUCAAUUUACCUUCAUAAUCGUCCCAAUUAUGUAACCAUGGGCAUUUGUGCCUCCAGCCCAAACCUGUCGAAGCCAAAUGUGAUGCUGCUUGCACAUUCAACUCCUUCAUCCUCCCAGGAAGCUAUUUCAACACGCCCAGCAAGUACAAAGCACUCGUCUUCUGAAGAUGAAUUAGUACUCACUAGGUUUCUGCCCUUGAAGCUUGUAGACAUUUCUGUUCAUUCAGUUAAAAAAAGACGUAUCAAACUAAAGCUGGUGAGCGGCCGUGCCUACUACCUAGAACUCUGUGCCCAACCAGAGAAGCAGGCUCAUCUCUUCCAUCAGUGGAUACAGCUCAUAAAUCGACUGAACUCUCGAUCUAGAGGUUCUCCAGUCAAUGCUCUGUAUAAGGAUUUUGAGACCCAGGAAGAAAAUAGGGAUGUCAGGAACAAAGCACUUAAAGGAUACAAUGAAGUAGAAUCUUUCCUAUACCAACGAUCUAGUGAAGAGCCAGUUAAAGCAGGAAUCAUGAAAAAAACAUCUUCAAAACGUGUCACUAUUUCUGAUACAGUGGGGCCUAUUGAAGAAUUUAGAAAAAGCCAAAGUCAAGCAACAGUUUAUUCCUACAGCUGCCUGAAAAAGUCAAGUACAGAUGCAGAGAACCAAAAUGAAAAUAGUCAAGAAUCAAUCAAGAAUACUCCUACAAAGAAUAGAUCAAGGGAAAGAGAAUUUUUUUCUAGUACAGAAAAAAGACUGCAGACUUCAGCUAUUUCUAGUGUAACUGUCUUCUCUCUGAUUAAUCUUUCUUUCCCCCUUCUACUCUAAUCUACCUUCUUUCCCCCUUCUACACUUAAGCUUUUCUGUCUGUUUGUUUUACAUCCUUUUUCAUUAUCUUGGACCGUCAAUGAAUUCUCCUCAUUUCACAUUUCCUCCCUCUGCCUUCAUUCCCUCUUUUCAAUGUUUUCGCAACACAGUAUUCUUCCCAACACAUUCUGGCAAAAGAUGUCUCCCCAUAAACCACUCAUGAUGCUCUGCUUUCAGAUACAUGCCAGCAGCAAUAGUCUGGGUUUGGUAUUAUAUUUCCUGCAACUCAUAUAGUCAUUUCAUAUCAUUACUUCCAUGCCACACUUGACAGCUGAGAUGCAUGCUAGCACUUAGAAACUAACAAAUCAAGUAAUUAUGGCAGGUGGCAUUAAAAAUGCUAUCUCACUUUACUGGAUAUUGCUCUGGUGUUUCUUUUUGGAAAAAAAAACUGAACUGAUCUGCAAAAGUGGAUAACUGCUAUUAUAACAAAACCAUUCAGCAAGCUCAUAAGACUGAUAGCUGAAAGCACUAAGAAAAAGCAAAUCUGGAGACUAAGCCAACUCUCUCAUCCCUCAAUGUACACACAUACAUUCACAGACAUACACUUUCUUCUGUGUUUUGCUUUCUUACUUUUUCUCCCCUAUACUGUUCUUUACUGCCUGCUUCUCUAGGCUACAUUUUCCUCAUUUUCCUAC